AUGGCUCAGCCUCCUUGGGGCCCCUCGUCAACUUCAGCAUUAGCAUCCGAGUUCAAUCGGCAGAAUCCGCGAGACUCGCCCAUCGCAGCGACGCCUCUCUACGAUCCAUCUGGCCUCAGCUCAUCCAUCCAGAAUGGCAACAGCAAUGGCUCCCACGCCGAGCCAGCCGCUGCCGCGCAGGGCAUCCGCAUCCGCCAAGAUGUGCAGCAUCAACACCAGCAGCCCCCUUCAGAGUCGAACUCGUCCUCGUACGAGGACAAGCGUGGGCGGAGACGGCGCAGCUCUGAGAAGCUGAAGCUCGACAUGGAAGAGCAAACUGCAGCAUCGCCAGGCUUUGGCCGCUCGCCGAGCUUCGGUCGCUCUCCUGCGGCCAACUUCUUGUCUGCCUUCUCUUCCAUGAAUACCAUGGUCGCACCAUCUCAUGCUCGCGAGUGGGGGUCUUCAAGCGCUGACAGUCGGUCGAGCUCAGCCAAUGUCGAGCCACAGCGGUCUAGCUCACUGUCCAAGUGGAGUAAGCUGCCUGAUCUCACGUCAAGUCCCACGCCAGUGACGGGCUUUCAGGGCAUGGGAGGUGUAGCUGCGCAGCUGAUGGCUAAGAGCGACUCGUCAGGACAACUAGCAGACAAGACACAUGCCUUCAACCCGGAGGAAGAGGGUGCCACCUUUGGGCCAGACGACAGAUACCAGCUCGGCAGAGUGGUCGGUUUCGGCGGCUUCUCGACGAUCCGUGAGGGAUGGGAUCUGGCAGAGGAACGUAAAGGAGGGGGCAAGCACAAGGUGGCAGUCAAGCUGGUCUAUCGCGACCCGCCUUCCUCGCCCCAACCAGAGGAAGCCAACAGUGACGAGCAGGAGCUCUCCAUCUGGCGGUCUCUACCGUCGCAUCCUAAUUUAUUGCCGCUCCUCUACGACGACACGAUGCUCAUCGACAGGUCUGAUAUGACAUCGUCGACUGGAUCGCUCAACAGAGACCCUCAAGCGACGCAGCAAGAACUCCAACUCCUCGUGAUGCCUCUGUGUGAAGGAGGCAACCUCAUGGACUUUGUACGAGGUGAGGGAGGUCGCCGCCAAGCCCCCUCACGGGUUCAGUCCAUCUCUCUCGGCCGCAGUCAAUCGCUGCACCAGUCACCCAAUGACAACCACGCGCAGCACCCGCGCACUGGAUCCGGGUUCCUCAGUCGUCGCUCUCCAGCUGCAUCGACCGACGUCACUCCCUCCUCUUCGUUGGCGCUAGCAAGGAGUCCGUCCGGCGCGGGCGUAACGAGAAGGACGAGCAGCGCCAUUCCACGCAGUCAGGGCAUUGACUUGGGUGCAGCGCGCGACAUCCUGCGCCAGCUCGCCGAAGGCCUUCUCUGCCUACACACCAAGAUGAAUGUCCUGCACGGCGAUCUGAAGCUUGAGAACGUGCUGGCACAGCGCAUGAAUAGCAACGGCAGCCCAGACGGAGGGGGCAAAGACGGCGCAGUGUGCUGGAGAUUAGCUGACUUUGGUCUGUCGCAGAGGGUGGACGUUGAGGGCGCGCUCACUCAACAGGCUCUGUCUUUCUUCAAGAAGAGGGCGGGCAUGUCAUCGCAAGACGCUCAAGCGGGACGACAGACGCUACCGCCUCCUUCUCGCAGCCUCUCUCGCGCUCCUGGUGCAGGCGCAGGCGCAGGAUCGCUAGCCUACACACCGCCCGAAAUGUGGCGCGAUGGAACCGCCACCUCGUCACCCGGCCUCGACAACACCGAAGAAGCAUCACCUUUUGCAUCAGACAUGUGGGCAUUGGGCUGCAUAACCUACGCUCUUCUUAGCGGCAAGAUGCCCUUCAGCGACGCAUUCGAACCGCGACUACAGGCCAAGAUUGCCAAGGGUGAAUGGGAGCUGCCGCCUCGAUUGUGGCGCAGAGCGAGACGCUUAGCCUCUGAGUCCUUCAAGAGCGACGGCUCUCUCUCACGCCAGGCAAGCGGCAAAAACAUGAGUCGGGCAGGCAGCUUCGGCAGCGGUUCACACGAGCGACAACCAUCAGGGAGCAGCAGCCUCUCACGCAGUCGACCUCCGUCAUUGGCACAAUUCACAGCCAUCACUGACCUCAGCGCCUCUUUGCCCUAUUUGCCCGACUCUGGCUACAAAUCGGCGCGCUACGUAAACCAUGACGCAGCAGCAGCGCACGACGCCCCAAUUGUCGGCUCAGCGCCCACCAAGCCUGGCGAGCCGCGUCGCUUCGACAUCGACACCAUUGCCCAAGCGGCUGCCGACGCCGAGGCGGAUCCGGAGUCGGACGCAGAAGCUAGCAUCGACCAGCAGUGGGACGGGACAAGCAAUGAGCGAGCAGCUGCGCGGGCGGUACUACGAGGCUUACUGGAUCCUGAGCCCUCUAGACGGUGGACUGUACAGCGCCUCCUGGCGUCGCGCUGGCUCGCAUCAUCGCCCGACCAGGAGCGCCAGAAUCCCUUCAUCACCAAUGGCGGUGCCACUGGGGACAGACGACUCGAAAACCUCACUGAGGGCGUGGCUGUGGGCGGCGGCGCGAUGGAGGAGGAGAUGCGGCAGCAGCACAGGCGCGCAGAGCGGCCGCAAUGGGGACGCGAGAAGAGUUGGAGGACCGAGGUUACCUUCGAGCGCCAGGAGCCGGCCGUGGACCGCGCAGCCAGACGACCAUCCAGUCUCAGCCGUUCGAGGCCGAGGGGCGAUGGCGAGGGACGUCGUUCGCGCAGUGUCAGCGUGUCCCGCGAGGGCAACGCGAGGAACAGCGUAGCUGAUGCGACGACGAUCCUUCACGACGGCGCGGACUCGCCCAUGUCCUCUCGUCCAACUCCGCGCAGCGCCACGCCGUCGUCACCCGUUGAGAUCCGCGGCCGUCGCCCGGGUCCCAAGGUGCCGCUCUCGCAGGUCAGCAGGGAGGACCUGGAGCGUCAGCUGGAGGAGAGGGCUAACGACACUUCGCGAGGAUCGCGUGCGCCAUCCGUGCAGCCUAUUGCGAUUGGUGGACCGAAGCAGCAGCCGCGCAGCUGCGAGCUCGAGCAGCAUCCAUUUGCCAAUGCAGCAGCAGCAUCGUGGUCGUGCUACCACGUCGUACAGCUCUGCCUCGUCGACGCGAGCAUCCACCUCACGCAGCAGGUCAAGGGCGCCCGACGCUCUUUCUCAUAUCCUGGGUGGCGUAGCAGCAGCAGGUGGGCGUGGCGGUGGUUCGUCAUCUGCUUCCUCAGCAAGGGACAGUAG